UGGGGGGCGGAGUUCACAGCCGGGUGUACCAAGAUGGCGUCACAUCUCUUCUCUUCUGCCUCCUGACAGUGGGAGGGAUAAAAAGAGAUGUCAGCCCCGCCCUCCGAGCAGAAGCAAGAAUCCGGGAGGCGGAGAGAGGUCGAUGUCUUGCCGCGAAAAGUACUCUGCAUAGCGCGGUCGCUCCCCAAAACGCUCCAGCUCCAGGGAGCAAUCCAAAAAUGCGGACCCUUCCUAUUCCAUCCACCACACAGACGCGGACAUGUUGCUCCUGAACUCCAACAACGAUCUAGAUGAAUCGGUCUGUGAGCAGAGCGGAGGCAGUGAGGAGGCAUCGAUGGACACGGAAGAUGUCACUACCGACUUUUGCUGGAGCUCUAUCAUCCCGGUGGAGAUCUUACAUCGGGUCUUCAGGUUGUUGGCGGACAGUGAGGGCGCGGUGCCCAUUCUGUGCAGGCUCUCCCAGGUUUGUCGGCUAUGGCGACAGGUAGCGUCCAGUCGGGACCUCUGGCGUCGUGUGACGGUGAGUCGCUGCUGUGUCCUUCCAGGCAUCACGGAUCCACCGAGAACCCAGAAACGGGUGAUGAAGACAAUUGAGGCGCUCAUCCAGCAACGGCUUCCUCAGGUCUCUGACUUUUCCCUCCAUCAAUGGAAGAGUUUUGUGUCUCUUGUACUACAGAAUUUGUCGCAGUCCUGCCCCCUGCUGUCGUCUCUUACGCUGUCGCAUUGUAAUCAGGUGACCGUGGAAGACCUGCUGACUAUAGGACGUUGCUGUCCGCAGUUACAGAAUCUCAACCUUCAGAACUCCAAGGUUCAAUUCGAUGCCGUGCAAAGAUUCCUGGAGAAGUACGGAGCCCGGCUCAGGCGUCUGUCGCUGUCCUACAGCCUUCAUAUGAAGUCCAUUAUGGCCGGAAUUUCGGAUGGCUGGUGCCCAGAACUGAGGCUUUUGGAGGUGAAUCUUCCCUUGGAUUCAAAGGUGAUGGACUUUCAGCUCCCCAUUGAAGAGUUUCAGAUUUCCUGCCCCAAGCUGGAGGUACUGAGACUGGUAAACAUCCCGUGGCAGGCCAAACCCCAACCUAAAAUCGCCACUAGUACCCCCGGUUUUCCUGAGCUGCAGGAACUCAUCGCCAGCUUCUUCUACUCCUCCGUCAACGAUGCCGCCUUCCAGAGGUUGCUGAAAAAUUCCAGGAAGCUGCGAGUUCUAGACCUGCGGGGAUGUUACAAGAUCUCGCCGCAGGGAUUGUCGGCGCUCCCAUGUACUGAUGUGGAGCGCCUCUUCCUGGGCUUGUACUGCAGCUCUAUGGUGUCCUCAUCGAUCGUUUCGGGGUCCCAUCUGCUGACCCAUAAAUGGCGGCACAGCCUGCAGGAACUGGACCUGACGGGUCAUGGAUACCUAGAGGAGGAUCUGGCGGAGGCCUUGCAUAAUCUCUGCAAAGGAAGCGGCGGAGCCAACGACGCCCUCAGAAAUGACACCCUCCAAUCCCUGAACCUUUCGGGAACGAGAGCCACGCCCCACGCUGUCAGAGAUGUCCUCCUCAGCUGCCGGUCCCUCACCCACCUGGACCUGUCCUCCUGCCGAAACGUUCCCCGAGGACUGGAUCGGGUUUACCACGGCAGAGAAGACAUUGAGGGGUGUCUAACGGACCUGACCCAAAAACUUCAGGAGGCGGAAGAGCAGUGACACCCCCACGCGCGCCAUGGACUCCGUCCAUUGAACAAAACCAUCCAGGGGAUCUCCUGUGCUCCAUUUUUGGAAUUCGUCGUAGAAGUGAUCCGAAGGGUCUGAGGUUUUGGAGGAACUACCAAAAACAUUGACGGGAAGGAAAUGUUAUUGUGGUGCUAAGCCAAAUGGAGUCCUGCAGGAUACAGUACUUGGGUCCUAUCCCCCGAAAGGGUUAAAUAUAUAGUAUUUGACUUGAAUUGUUUUAGCAGUAAUUCCGGGAAGCCCCGCCCCCCCCCUUAGGCUUGUUUGUUCCCUUGGGUUUGUUUUUCCCUAUGUUCCUAGGUCAUAUCGAAUAAAUUAGACAAUGUUUAA